AUGUCCUUCACAUCAUCCCUUCAAGACAAUCCGCUGUUUGAUUCACCAUCCAAUUCAAAUCCAAUUACGAUUGUCAUCGCUACUCAUGUACUACUUGUAACCUGCCUGUUUCGUAAAGCUUCUGCCACAACAAUAGAUCACCCCGACACCCAUUUUGCUUCAUGGCGCUCUAGAAUGGGGGUAAUGCGACAGUCGCACCUUCCCAGGCACACAAUAGCGAGCUUCAGUCGUGCAUUUAUUUUAACGUCGCAUGACUUGAGUGCCUCCGACUUUACGGAAAGGCCAACUCUUCAUAUUCACAUGCUCAAGCAGUCCUUAGCAACCAAAAUCUGCCAACCUUUUGACCAGAUAUUGCAUCAAGGUUCAGCACCUGCUAGAACCCUACAGGAACGGGGCGUCUGCUCAAUGUACGGCAUCACAAUUUCGGCCUAUACAGAUCGUUGGCCAACUGAUGAACCAGUUGCGAUGCCGAAAUGA